UUUACAAACACUAGUGCUUCUAAGUUCUAUUUACUACCGUGUUUUAUUACUGAAACCAUUUGUUAUGAUGUGAAAUCUACAUAUGUGUUAACCAAAUUUUUGUCGUUAAGAGCUGUUUAUCCCAAGAAAUUGCUAAAUGAAUAUUAAAUUUGAAGGAAUAAAACAAAACCAUUUUCACGCAAAGUUGAAUUACAAUAACAUAAAAUGGAUCUUGGACUACACAAAGUUGCCAGAUAUCUUAAAGUAUAUACCUGAAUGGAAGAAAUUACCUUUGGAGUGUCCUGAGCCCGUCAGUCGUUUACAGAAAGUCAAGCACCAGAAAGCCCAGCUGAGUUUUUCAGAUUCUGAUUGGGAGAAAAAUGAUAUAGAUUAUUCUACCAUGAAUAAAAGCAGAAUUUCUCAUGAUACUCCUGAAAAUUGUUCUUUCUGUUCAAAGUCAGUACAGCCUUCAAAUGAGACUUUAUGUUGCAAGCAAUAUAAAGAUUAUCUUAAAAAAGAUGUAGCUAUUUCACAAAGCCAUUUGAACUUUAUUUAUGGAUCCAAACAGUCUGCAAAAAAGAAGUGUAAGUCUAUUAUUUUAGGCAAAAAUAUGAAAAGUUCAGAACCAAACAAUGAGCUUCUGGAUGAGGAAGAAAGCAAAAGAAGUGGUAGAACUCUCACGUCUGUACAUAAAGUGAAGGUCACGUGUUUAACUUCAACACAAAUACAAGAUGAUGGCCACUGGGUUGCAGAGCUUAUGAAGAAGCUGAAAGAACAAGAAGAAUCUCUUCCAGAACCUCCUCAGCCUGUAUUUAUCACAGAAUUACCAGAGUUAGCAAGCUCAUGUUGGAAGAAACCUCAAGAAAAAUUAAUCAAGAAGCUGUAUGAUUCUGGAAAACCCUUCUUCACAAGAUAUUCUGAUGGCACAGGACAUAUUUACUACCCAUCAGGAAACCUAGCCAUAUUAAUCAGUGGUAUUGAAGAAGAGCAUUGGAGGGCAUUUUAUGUAUAUGAAGACAAAUCAUCAAAUCCUUGUUUACUUGCUUUGUUUGAUUCCAAUGGUAACUGUGUAUGCUAUCAGUCUUCUGGUCUGAUGAGAUGUUAUCUUGAUGUGGUAGGUGGUAUUUUGUUUGAUGACAAGGGAUCUCAAUGCCGUAACUGGACGUGGAGGAAUGCAGUUUCUACAUGUACCACUACUUAUUCAACAUCUGACCAGCCUAAUAGGUCAAAAUCCAUUAUUGUACCUAUUCAUCCUAUUGUUCUAGCACUAAAUCAGCUAGUCUCGGUUCGUAUCAUGGCUCAAGACAAAAUUAGCUUAUGUUUAAGUAAUGGAAAGCACAGCUGUCGGUUCAAUGUUGGAACCAGACUGAAGAUCAUUGUUAAAGAACAUAGGAAAUGCCAUCAAAUGAAGGUUCAAGUAAGACUGUACACUCCAUCAAGAAGUGGUGAACCAUUACAAAAACAACAGGUGUGAUGCUAUAGCCCUUGUACAAAAAAAAAAUUCCCUCUACUAUGAUCUUUAUUGGGUAUAUUAGGCCCUUUAAAACAAUUAGUUAUUUCUUUCAAAUAUAUUGAUCAAUCAGUGGUUACCUUUGUACCUAAAGUAUGCGAACAAUGAACUGGUUGAAAUAUUACCAUCAUAUACUACAUAUUCCUAUCUAAAAAUAAAUAAUUCAUAUGGAAACAACCAACUUAAAAAGGUAGUUUUUCAUUCAAACUUGGCUUUGUAACUUUUCAUAAAUCUAGUUCUAGAAUAUGAUUGUGAAUAUUUUGGUAGAAAUGUUAACUUAGAUAUUUUGCAGAAGUGCUAUAUAUAUUCAUUCUAAUUGAGUAUUAUAUAUUGUCUCACAAUAAAUGGCUGUUUUAGGGUUUUUUAUUUAUAAAAGUAAAAUCAAAUAUGAAGUUAUUGUCAUA